AUGGAGGUGGAAGGGGAUGUCAACAUCAGCAAACCACUGCCCAAAGGAGCCAGUGGCGAUGGAUUUCAAGUCCUCAAAGAAGGGUUUCUCCUGAAGACAAAGCGACUGAAAACCAUCACCUCUGUCAAACAACGGUGGUUUGUGCUCAAAAGAAAUCGAGACACUGGCGAAUGCAUCCUCGAAUAUUAUGACGGGAAGGUGUUGCGGGGAUCUGUGAACCUGAAAAACUCCCAGACCAUCCCGAGACCAGGAAGUGCGCACUUUGAGAUUCGGACACCGGGCCGCACGUACUAUCUUGCAGCAGAACAUGCAAACGUGUACCAGGCCAUCAGCUGGGUGCAGGUACUGCAGCGUCUGACACCUGGCCGCAAGCCGCGACCACAGCGGGAGAAACACGACGUCGACCACACGCCAACAAACGCGCGCGACUGUGGCGACGGUGAUGGUGAUGGCGCACGGGGACGGCAGGUCGUGUAUUACCAGAUGGGCGAUGAACUCAUCCCGCUCUCCAUGAACCCAAAGACAAACCGCGUGCGACAAACAGCGAAACGGCGCAUUGCGUCAUUGAAAACUGUCUUCGAAUCCCCGGCAUCAACAACAACAACAUCAUCAUCAUCGUCAUCGUCAUCAUCAUCAACAGUACGUGGUGGGGGCAUGCGUCGCUCCCACCGCAAAUCAUCGCGUCUUGUUCCCAUUCGAGAGGCGCCCGCACCGCCCGUGCUUGCAGGCACGGAGGAGGAAGCGGAGGGCGAAGAGGGGCACGGGGACGCCACACGCGGUGGCGAUGGUGAUGGUGAUGGCAGUCGUGGUCACGAUGACACUGGCGAUGACGAUGAUGGUGAGGCAACCACUGCUGCUGCUAAUGACGAUGAUGAUGUUGAUGUUACUGGCGAUGGUGGUGGCGGCGGGGCUGUGGACCGCGAGCAGCUGCUGCGGCGCUUACAGCGGAGUGUUCUGCGCCACUCGUGGCCCAUCAUCGAGGACAUCGACGACGAUGAUGCACAGCAUGCAUAUGCACACGCGGGUGGUGCCGUGCAGCUGUCACCUGCAGCAGACGCUCACGGCGGUGCACAUGGCAGCAGCGAUGAUGGUGGUGUUGGAUCUGUUGCUGCGGGCGGUGGUGUUGGUAGCGAUGAUGGCGCGGUGCACGACCGAUACCAGCAGCAGUAUCAACAUCAGCAGCAGCAGCAGCGCAAGCGCGUGUGUCUGUUCCGUCUCACCGAUUUGGAGUGGAAGGAGCAGCUUGGCGAGGGCUUCUUUGGCCGCGCGGUCCACAAGCGGACCGGCCAGGCCGUCGUGGUCAAGGAGCUCAAGGAGAGUGACAACACGGCGCGCGCUGCGUUUGUUGCUGAGAUGUCGCUUCUCAAAUCCCUCCACCACCACAACGUCCUCCACUUUAUGGGAAUAUUCUGCAAAGACGACAAGCUGCAUCUGCUGACGGAAUUUGUGGGCGGCGGCUCCCUGGAUCGAAUCAUCCAGAACAAAACCGGCAGUCACACCGACUUCCCCUGGCGGCGGCGGCUGGAGAUUGCACUGGACAUUGCUGCCGGCAUGACGUAUCUGCACUCGGUCAAGGUGAUACACCGGGACCUCAAGUCUGAGAACUGCCUCAUCAGGCACGAUGGGUCGGCUGUCGUUGCAGACUUUGGGCUGGCGCGUGUCAUGGAGGGCGAGGUGCUGUCCUCCGCACACACCCCGACACACACAUCCGGGCUGCGGCGGCGGACAAUGGCGAUGGCAACGCCGCUGGAUGCGGGCGCAAUGCGACCGCGAAGCAUGACCGUCGUCGGCACCCCAUACUUUAUGGCCCCGGAGCUGCUGCUCGGAAUGGACUACAACGAAUCGGUCGACGUCUUCUCGUUUGGCAUUCUGCUGUGCGAGUUGAUUGGCCGCAUCGAGGCCGAUCCAGACAUCAUGCCGCGAACAAACGCAUUUGGCGUGGACGAGGCCGCGUUUCGUCGCAAGUGGGGUGAUGAGUGCCCUCCUCGCCUGCUCACCAUUGCAUUCACAUGCGCGCACACAAAGGCAAAGCUCGAGGAACAACCUUCCUCAUGA